UCGCAGGCCGUGACAAUGGACUAUGACUUUAAAGUGAAGCUGAGCAGCGAGCGGGAGCGGGUCGAGGACCUGUUUGAAUACGAGGGCUGCAAAGUUGGCCGAGGCACUUAUGGUCACGUCUACAAAGCCAAGCGGAAGGAUGGGAAAGAUGAUAAAGACUAUGCUUUAAAACAAAUAGAAGGAACCGGGAUCUCUAUGUCGGCAUGUAGAGAAAUAGCAUUACUUCGAGAGCUUAAGCAUCCAAAUGUCAUCUCUCUUCAGAAGGUGUUUCUGUCUCAUGCUGAUAGGAAAGUAUGGCUUCUGUUUGACUACGCUGAACAUGACCUCUGGCAUAUAAUCAAGUUUCACAGAGCUUCUAAAGCAAACAAGAAGCCAGUACAGUUACCUCGGGGAAUGGUGAAGUCACUAUUGUAUCAGAUCCUAGAUGGGAUUCACUACCUGCAUGCUAACUGGGUGUUGCACAGGGAUUUGAAACCUGCUAAUAUUUUAGUUAUGGGUGAAGGUCCUGAGCGAGGAAGAGUAAAAAUUGCUGAUAUGGGCUUUGCCCGAUUAUUUAAUUCACCUUUGAAGCCUUUAGCAGAUUUGGAUCCAGUAGUCGUAACAUUCUGGUACCGAGCCCCAGAAUUACUUCUUGGAGCAAGACAUUAUACCAAAGCUAUUGAUAUUUGGGCUAUAGGGUGUAUAUUUGCAGAACUACUAACGUCAGAACCAAUAUUUCACUGUCGACAAGAGGACAUCAAAACUAGUAAUCCUUAUCACCAUGACCAGCUGGACAGAAUAUUCAAUGUAAUGGGAUUUCCUGCAGAUAAAGAUUGGGAAGAUAUAAAAAAGAUGCCUGAACAUUCAACAUUAAUGAAAGAUUUCAGAAGAAAUACGUAUACCAACUGCAGCCUUAUCAAGUAUAUGGAAAAACAUAAAGUUAAACCAGAUAGUAAAGCAUUCCACUUGCUUCAGAAGUUGCUUACCAUGGACCCAAUAAAGCGAAUUACCUCAGAGCAGGCUAUGCAGGACCCCUAUUUCCUAGAAGACCCACUUCCUACAUCAGACGUUUUUGCCGGUUGUCAAAUCCCUUACCCCAAGCGAGAAUUUUUAACAGAAGAGGAGCCUGAUGACAAAGGAGACAAAAAGAACCAGCAGCAGCAGCAGGGCAAUAACCACACGAACGGGACCGGCCACCCGGGGAAUCAGGACAGCAGUCACACCCAGGGGCCCCCGCUGAAGAAAGUGAGAGUCGUCCCUCCUACCACUACCUCAGGUGGACUGAUCAUGACCUCAGACUAUCAGCGUUCCAAUCCACAUGCUGCCUAUCCCAACCCUGGACCAAGCACAUCACAGCCACAGAGCAGCAUGGGAUACUCAACUACCUCCCAGCAGCCUCCACAGUACUCUCAUCAGACACACCGGUACUGAGCUGCAUCGGAUACUGUCCAUGCACUGUCGCUGUGCUGCAGGGCUGCCUGCGGCUCUCGGCGGGAACCUGGAAUGGGCCAUGAGAAUGUACUGUGCAGCCACGUAGUCAAAUGUCCGGUAGCCGAGUUCCACCACUUUUCACAGAUUGGGGUAGUGGCUUCCAAGUUGUACCUUUUUGGAGUUAGACUUGAGGAGAAAGUGCUGUAGCACAGUUUGUGUUGUGGGUUUGCUACUUCCAUAGUUUACUUGACAUGAUUCAGACUGACCAACGCAUUUUUUUCAGUGACAGUCUGUAGCAGUUGAAGCUGUGAAACGUGCUAGGGGCGAGCAUUUGUCGUUGUAUGUGGU